AUGGCGGACCAACACGAAGUUGAUCUGGACUCCAUAAUCGACCGCCUCCUUGAGGUCCGUGGCAGCCGCCCAGGCAAGCAGGUCCAGCUGCUGGAGGCUGAGAUCCGUUAUCUCUGCACUAAGGCUCGCGAGAUUUUCAUUUCUCAGCCCAUCCUCCUCGAGUUGGAGGCCCCUAUUAAGAUCUGCGGAGAUAUCCACGGUCAAUACUAUGACCUUCUGCGUCUAUUUGAGUACGGUGGCUUCCCUCCCGAGGCCAACUAUCUCUUCCUUGGCGACUACGUAGAUCGAGGAAAGCAAUCGCUCGAGACCAUCUGCCUUCUCCUGGCCUAUAAGAUCAAGUACCCCGAGAACUUUUUUAUCCUCCGUGGCAACCAUGAGUGCGCCUCCAUCAACCGAAUCUACGGUUUCUACGAUGAGUGCAAGCGUCGCUAUAACAUCAAGCUGUGGAAGACUUUCACCGACUGCUUCAACUGCCUCCCUAUCGCUGCUAUCAUCGACGAGAAGAUCUUCACUAUGCAUGGCGGUUUGAGCCCCGAUCUCAAUUCUAUGGAGCAGAUCCGUCGCGUCAUGCGCCCCACAGAUAUUCCUGACUGCGGUCUGCUUUGCGACCUGUUGUGGUCAGACCCGGACAAGGAUAUCACCGGUUGGAGCGAGAACGAUCGUGGUGUCUCUUUCACAUUCGGCCCCGAUGUGGUAUCUCGAUUCUUGCAGAAACACGACAUGGACCUUAUCUGCCGUGCUCAUCAGGUUGUUGAGGACGGCUACGAGUUCUUCUCGAAGCGUCAACUCGUCACUCUGUUCAGCGCUCCGAACUACUGUGGAGAGUUCGACAAUGCGGGUGCCAUGAUGAGUGUGGAUGAGAGUCUCCUCUGUUCAUUCCAGAUUCUCAAGCCCGCUGAGAAGAAGCAAAAGUACGUCCAUGGCCUCGGAGGCAGUAGACCCGUCACUCCUCCCAGGAAGCAGUCCAAAACCUAA